AUGGUUAACUCGGCGAUUCGGGCGUUCUCCCUUCCUGAGCGUCGAUUUGCUGGUGCUUCGUUGGGUGAUAUCUCGUACGAUGAUCCGCAUUCAAUCAAACCCACUAGUGUUCGUUGGUUUUACAAGGACGAAACUUCAAAAAAAUGGGUUCCUUUUAGUGGGUAUGACUCGCUCCUCAUCGAAUUUACUUACCUUAAUCUUCUGAAAACUCAUGAAUCUGUGCAGUCCGUUGGUGCUGUGGAUACCUUCAAACCCCUUCUCGUUCGAGAAGGUCUCUACGAGGUCGAUAUCGUUGCUAAUCACUGCUAUCCUGUGUAUUGGGAGUCUCCCACUGGCCCAACUGACAUAUUGCGUGGAACUUGGUUUAAAGACCCCGGCGGACCAAAUUGUGUUCCCAUCGAAGAUGAAACAAUGCUAAAGCAGCUCGAAUCCGCAUAUGCUUUGCUUAGUCAGCGGCUCUCUGAUACAGAAUCAUUGCCAUCUGAAGUUGUUUCACCAAAUUUUGAUAGUGAAGAUGAAGUAGGUGCUGAAACUGCGUCUUCAAUCACCUCUCUUUUUUCCGCUUCUUCGAAGCCAGCAUGCAAGUAUUGUUUCAUUAUUGCCUUUUAUUUGAACAAACGUCAUUCUGAUCAACGCCUUUCACUUUACAAUGCUCUGGACAAUGUUUUUACUGCCUAG